UCGAUCACAGAUCGAUGGGGCUCCAUCGGGAAGGACGGUUAAACGCGGGGAUUUGUUUACACUAAGAAGCUGUAUUAGGAGGUGUUUAGUUGCUCAGUAAGUGCGCAUUCUUUUUUUCUUUAUUAUUGUAUAAAGUUCGCCAACUUUUUUCGUUGCGUUUCUUUUUCUUCUCGAUCGAUUAGUCGUGGGACAUUUCCAUUACACUCAUGGCUCUGAUAGCGACCGAUCAGAGCUGCAAACUGAACGAGACGUCGGCGAUUUACGCGCGAGUCGGACCGAGAAAAGACGCGUACCAGGGCGCCGCGGAGGGCUUCAAAACCGCACGGAUGCACCCGAAGGAGGCGGAAUACUCCACCGAUGGCCUCCCCAAAGCCUUCCUCCACAGCCUGAGGACCCUGUUUGACAUCCUGGAUGACGGCGGACGGGGCUAUGUCCACAUCUCGGAGAUCGAGAGCCGCUGGCAAGGGGCAGACACCCGGGCUCUGCCCCGCGGCGUGCUGGGCUGCCUCCGGCGGGUCACCCCGCCGCACGGCUGCCUCACCUUCGAGCGCUUCGUGGCCGGGCUGCGGUACUCCAUGCUCAACCCGGAGCACAGCGCGGCGCACCCGCAGCGGGGGCCAAGGCAGCCCCGCAAACCCGCCCCGCUGUCCGCGUGCGGGGUCGGGAUACGGGUCGAGAACAAGGUCCGCCCGCUGGGGCCGAGCAACGUGACCAACACCCGGCAGCACCGGGCGGCCUCCCUGCAGGGCCGCGUCGGGCCGAAGGAGGAGGAGGAGGAGGAGGGGUGCGGAUACCCGGCGUGCGGACCGGGCCGGUACGGCGGGGUCUUCGAGAGGUCCGCGCGGGGUUUGGAGCAGACUUCUGUCGCCGCGGGGGGCGGCUGUUACCGGGCCGACCCGGGACACGCCACCGAACCCACACAGCCCCAGCAGAACCGCGUCAGGGCCAUCGAGUCGUUGGCUCUGGAGGCACCGCAGCUCCAAGGAUCAACUGUUGUGAAAACCGGUUUACCGAGAUCUCAGAGCGAAUCGGCAACGGGAUUAACUGGCGGCUCGAGGCGAAACGGGCGGAGUCGGGAAGAGCAGAGGAGGCAUACCAUAACCAACGGAGUGGAUUAUGGGAUGUUGAAGCAGAUGAAGGAGCUGGAGCAGGAGAAGGACUCCCUGCUGACGGGCCUGGAAGUGGUGGAGCGAGCCCGCGACUGGUACCAGGGCCAAAUCCACAACGUCACAGAGAGACAGCGGCAGGUCGGCCAGAGCUCCCCCUCCACGGAUUUCUUCACAGAAGCCAAUCAGAGUCACAUGAACGUUCUAAUACCCAAAUUGCAAGAAGUCAACCGCUGUCUAAAUGACCUUAUUUCCUGCUCUGGGAUUUCGUUUCCUUCCAGCUGUGCUCCGACGGCAGCUAACCCCCAGCCUCCGGGUCCCGCUCCUCCCCAAGCCAUCCAGAGGCUGAAGGACCAGAACCGACUUCUCACUCAGGAGGUGACGGAGAGGAGCGAGCGGAUCGCCCAGCUGGAGCAGGAGAAGUCGGCGUUGAUAAAGCAGCUUUUUGAGGCUCGGGCCCGCAGUGCGCAGGACACCAGCAUCAUGGACUCCACCUUCAUCUGAAGACGGUCACACUCCAACCCCCCGAAACCCUUCCGAUGUCACGGGGGAGCGCUUUCCAGCUGGGAAUCGCUAUGACGCCGCUCCGGAGCCAAUGGACUGUGAAGCUGACCCCAAACCGGACCUCGCACACUCCCGAGAUGCGAACCCGACGCCCCGCACAAACACUCCCAGCUGAGCGGGGAAAAAAAGACACUACAAAACAAAACCAGCGGGGUCUCGACAGGUCGCAUCACUCCAACUCUUGCAGGAUCACAGCAAGAUCUCCAUUCCCGAUACCAAAAGACAGUUUAUUUUUUAUUUCUUUUUACUUCAGCUUGGGCUUCUGUUGGAAUAAAAUGCCACGUUCUCACAGUUUAAUAUGACAAUACAUCAUCAGCUAAAUUUGCUUGCUGUGACCUGUCAGCUUUAAUAGUUUGGUACUUUGAUCUUAAUGAUAAUAAGAUCCCCCUCUUCCGUGUCAUUCAGUAAUCUCCUUCCUUUUGAUGUAAAUUACAAUAUGUUAACCUGACAUUAACUUUCUGGGUUUUAUAGUGUUUCAUUUUAAACGCUGACAGAAUAUAAUUGCUCAAAAGAAACGUUUUCUAUGUCAUGGUAGCAUGUUUAAUAUUAAGACGUGUUAGGUACUUAGAUUUUUCUUUAAAGUUGAGGGAAAACAAGCGUUGAGAGGACAGCCUGAGAGCUGUAGAGGCGAAAGAGACGAGCGAAAGUUUGCACUUAGGAGAAGGCGGAGGAGGACUUGCAGAAGACGGUGAAUGUGUCGGAGCGGGAGCUCAUUGGUUGGGAGACACUAAAGAGAAUCCCCUUUGUCUAUCCAACGCUACGUCCCCUAUAUGUGUUUACGGUGGGUUCUUUGCAUGGGUCGUAGUUUCAGCUCCAAAAUAGAGAUUUACGGUGUGAAACCUGCAGAUUAGAAGAAAUGUAAAAAAAAAAAAAACAUUUUUGUCUUCUUUAGCAGGACGAGCCUGGAGACAGUUAAAGCCCACACAGCCACCCACAAAGUUUACAGGAUCAUUAUUUAGUUAGUGGGUGGCAGUAUUAAAAAUGAACCUUGUAGUUACGUCACGGAUUCUAUACGGUACUGCUGGGAUGUCUGCACGUGACAUGCUGUUGAUGUGUGUUUCCCACUUGUUUUGUGUCCUGCUGCUCAAGCUGCAUUAUGUGUGAGUGAAACUCUUUUCCUUCUGCUUUCCCCUGAGAGGACUCAAACUCAGAAAAAAAAUUAAAACAAUAAGAAUGACCAAACUAG